UUUCAUUUGGCCUAUCACCCAUUUCAAUCUGCAUCACAAUCCUCCAUAGAAUACAGAGAGAAGAAUCACCAUCAUCAAAGUUUGUGAAGAAGUUCAUCAAUAUUCUUUAACAUAUUUCAUCAGAAACCUCCAAAGUUAGCUAUGGCUUUCCAAGCAGAGGAUCUCAACCUUGAAGCCACUGAGCUCAGAUUGGGCCUACCCGGAACCAAGGAAUCCGAGCAACAAAAAACGAACAACAAAAGAGCAUUGCCAGUUGAGCCUGAAUCCAAUGCUUCUUCAGCUCCCAAGCCUACUCCCUCCAAGGCACAAGUAGUUGGAUGGCCACCGGUGAGAUCAUACCGGAAAAACUGUUUCCAGGCGAAGAAAACCGAGGGAGAAAGCGGUGGGAUGUUCGUGAAAGUCAGCAUGGAUGGAGCUCCAUACCUUCGAAAGAUGGACUUGAAGGUUUACAAGGGAUAUCCAGAGCUGCUUAAGGCCUUGGAGGACAUGUUCAAGUUCAAGGUUGGUGAAUAUUGUGAGAAGGAACUAGGGUACAACAACAGAUCCGAGUUUGUGCCAACUUAUGAAGACAAAGAUGGAGAUUGGAUGCUUCUUGGAGAUGUUCCAUGGGAGAUGUUUUUCACUUCAUGCAAGAGGCUGAGAAUUAUGAAAGGUUCAGAAGCCAAAGGCUUAGGUUGUGCGGUGUGAUUGAUCCUUCGAGAAGUGAACAAAUACACAGAUGGCAGAGAUUGAACAAACUUGCGGCUUGAGCUUUCGAAGAAACAUAUAACAGAGAUGUCAUGGUCUUUCACUUGUAACAGAGAUCGAUCAGAGAAAAAAUUGUCAAAGAAGAAGAAGAAAGAUUUUCAUGUAAAGUUUAUUUUGUCGUGUCCUCUUCAAAGAGAACUGUAGAAAGAAUAGAGAUGAAAGGUUGAACAAAAGAAGUUUCACAAUUUUCUUUUCAUUACAUCAAGGAAAGGAUAACAUUGUACAAAAGUUUUUAAUGAUGAUAUUGGUUACUUUGCAAGUAAGAUUUGA